AUGGGGCCGCCGGUGGUGGGGCGCUUGUGGGGCUCGCUGGCGCUGCUGACCAAGCCGGCUGAGUUCAAGCUCUUCUUCCACCGCUGCCCCUUCCAGGGUGGCUUCACCCUCGCCGCUGGCCUGAGUGAGUGCCUGGCCUUCUUGCGUACCUUCCGCUUCUCCAAGGCAGAUAUUGAGUAUCUGGAGUCAGUCCUUCCCAUCACCACGGAGAAAGCGUUCUUCGAUUACUUGCGCACCGUGGAUGCAUCUGAAGUCUCCGUCGCAUCGGUACCGGAGGGCUCUGUGGUCUUCUCCAGGGUGCCGAUAUUCCAGGUCAAGGGCCCUUUGCUAGUGGUGCAACUUCUAGAGACCACCCUGCUGUGUUUGGUGAACUACGCCAGCCUCGUGGUGACGAAUGCAGCCAGGUUCCGCCUGACCGCGGGCCCAGACAAGAAGCUGAUGGAGAUGGGGCUGCGCCGGGCCCAGGGACCAGACGGGGGCCUCUCUGCUUCCAAGUAUUCCUAUGUGGGCGGUUUCGACUUUACCAGCAACGUCUUAGCAGGGAAACUCUAUGGGAUUCCAGUGCGGGGAACCGUGGCCCAUUCCUUCGUGUCUUCCUUCACCUCGCUGGCGGAGGUGAACCCACGGGUCCUGCGGCCCCUGUGUGGCGGAGGGGAGCCGGUGGACUUUCCUUCCCUCGUGGAGUCUUGGCUCGGCAAGGUUUGCCAGUUACUCCAAGUCCCCCUGGAGCGAGUGAACCGCGGGGAGCGGGCGGCCUUUGUGUCCUACGCCAUCACCUUUCCUCACAACUUCCAAGGCCUGGUGGACACCUACUGCGUCAUGAGAAGCGGCAUUCCAAACUUCUGCGCCGUAGCCCUGGCGCUGAACGAGCUGGGAUACCGAGCCAUCGGCGUACGCCUGGACAGCGGGGACCUGGCCCGGCAGUCGGUGGAAAUACGGCAGGUGUUUCGGACCUGCAGCACACACUUUCAAGUUCCCUGGUUCGAACGGGUCCCCAUCGCGGUCAGCAACGACGUGAGCGAAGGGAGCCUCAAGGAGUUGGUGCAGGAGGGAAAUGAAAUCGACAUGAUUGGCGUUGGGACUCACCUAGUGACGUGCCCGCUGCAACCUUCCCUGGGCUGUGUCUACAAGCUGGUGACAGUCAAUGGCUGCCCACGACUGAAGGUGACCGAAGACGAAGAGAAGACCACGAUCCCGGGAAGCAAAGUGGUUUACAGGUUUUGGGAUGCGGCUGGAUUCCCGCACAUGGACCUCAUGGCUUUGGAAGAAGAGCCUCCCCCUAGGGCCGGGGAGGAAGUUGAGUUCUGCUUGCUGGGAAGAACCAGAGAAGCCAGAAAGGUGACUCCCACCGCUGUGGAGAUCCUACACCGUCUGUACCUCAAAGAUGGACAGGCCUCCUUGAGCAAGCUCAGCCCUGCCCACAAGAGGCUGCAGGAUCCAGAGGCCUACCAGGUCGCCGUGACGCAGAAGCUCCACGUGCUCCUGACCGACCUUCAGCGAGACAGCCACUGAACCACCGCUCUUCGCAAACAUCAGCCCGGGAUUCGAAUGGCGAGCGGAGCCACCUCUUGCUCCAGACACACGCCCUUCCCUUUCGUUUGAAGAACUGAAUGCCUUUCUUUGCGACCCCUAGGGCUUGGUCUGUGUAUCUAGUUUCUCCUUGAUAGUUUGGCGCAGACACAACAGCCUGGCAGUGGCGCCCAGAAUCCCGUAGCCUGCCAAGGAGAAGCGCUGAUCUCCGUUUCCCCAGAUGCUUCUGCCCCUGUAUCCUCUAGGGCAGCGAUACGCAAUGGCUCCGGAGCCACGUGUGGCUUUCUGACGUUCCACCUCUCAUCUGCCCCCAUGUUCCAGGAAAACAGGAGACACCGUUGCCCCGUAGGGCUUCUGGUUUGCAAGCGGUUCCCACCUUAAAACAGCUAACCACAGAGAAGAGGGUAAAACCACCUCCCGGGGAAAGAGCAAGCUGCUCACAGUAUAUGUGUGUGUGUAGGGGGGUGAUUUUACUCCCCGUCUUCUGCAGCUUUGGGGCAUUCUCUCACCUGCGCUGCGGUGCCUCCUGCCGGGGAGACUGAGAAGGCCAAGUGGGAACGUAGGAAUAGCCCUGCUGGAUUGGACCAAUGGUGCACGUCGUCCAGCAUCCUGUCUCACGCACUGGCCAAUGAGGUCCUUCAUAAUAACAAUUGAUUGGCACAGUAAUGAGUUAAUACGGAGAACAAGAAAAACUGUGAAAA